AAACAAGGAAGUUUAAUACUCGGGUACGUGUAGAAAGUUCCUGUGUAUAGAAUCGUACGAUGUAAGCAAAAUAUGAAUGGAUGAAGAAGUAUAAAUCCAAUCGGAACAAAUUGAAAGAAUAUAAUCACCUGUAUUUCAGUUAAUGAAAAUGGGUAGAUCAGGAUAUACAUGUAUCCGCCAUUCACUUUGCAUAAUUAAUUUGCUCUUUUGGGUGGUCGGUUGUGGAAUGCUUGGAAUUGGAAUUUGGUUACAUAUAGUUUAUGGCGGAUACGCUACUUUAUUGCCAUCCUACCAAAUAAUUAGUGCUGGUAGCUUAUCAAUAGCAUCCGGAAUAAUUACGUUUAUUGUCGGUUUUCUUGGAUGUUGCGGUUCCUGGUUCCAAAAUAAAUGCCUUUUAGUUUCGUAUUUUAUAUUAGUAAUAUUAAUUUUUCUACUUGAAUUUACCGCUGGAACACUUGGGUUUAUAUACAGAAAACACGUAGGUGAAACGCUUAGAGACGAAUUAUUAAUGGGUAUUCAAGAAAAGUACAAAGUGAAUGAUGUUAAUGGUUUAACAGAAGCAUGGGAUCAUAUUCAAUUAAAGUUUGAAUGUUGCGGAGUUAAUGGAAUUAAUGAUUGGUAUAAUAUCAAUGCAUGGCCCGAAAAAACUUGGGUGCCAACAUCUUGUUGCAUUGAAGCGUAUAAAAAUGAAACUUGUGGCAUGAGAAAUGAAACAGAAAUAUGGCACAAUCAGGGUUGUUAUCAGAGGAUGCACAUGUGGUUAAUGGAACAAUUGUACAUAGUUGCAAUUAUAUGUAUGUUGUUUGCAUUUAUUCAGCUAUUUGGAUUAAUAUCAGCUAUGUUAUUAGUAUGCAGAAUAAAUGAAAAAAGAUACGAAAGAUGAUUAACAACAUGAAAAUUUGAAAGAAUU